CCGUUUUGGAUAUCUCUCCACCUCAAGUCAAUUUUGAAUGUGGAGACUCCACCCCCGUUGAAGUUCACCCCGUCCCGGUCUCCGUGGGCCGUCCCUUCCCCCCCCUCCCCACCACGGAAGCGCCCGUCGACUACUCUCUGACCCGCCUCCUGGAGGACCUACAGCGCCAGGGCUUCACCAUCACCGACGUAAAGAGAGACGGGGACAGGGUCGUGAGCUUCGCGUGGUCGAACGGCACUCACUACAACCUCGAAUACAACGGGGAUUUCGUCUCUCUCGUCGGGGGCAGAACGUCCAGCUUCGUCCUCGCCAAGUAUAUGGCCUUGCUGGGCGAAAGAGAACCGGACGGUUUCAUCGACUGGUUUUGCGACGGCGUUCUCAUCAAUGAGCAGUGGGUGUUGUCAGCCGCCCAUUGCUUCCUACAGAGGAGGGUGACUGUGGUCCGCCUGGGAGAACACGAUUACAGUGACGACAAUGAGGGAGCCAUCCACCAAGACUUCGGUGUAUCGCAGGUUAUUCUGUAUCCUGACUACACAUUUCCUCAGGCAUAUCACGACCUGGCGUUGAUCAAGCUCGAACGCAGAACGAGCUUUACGGUUAACAUCAACCCAGUGUGUCUUCCUUGGGGCAGAGAGACUGAGAGAGACCUUGUGAACCAGAUCAUAACGCUCACGGGUUGGGGCGCGACGCAGCACGGUGGAGCUGGUAGUCCCAUCCUGCAAGAGGUGAACCUGACGGUCUUCCACCACUCCCGCUGUGACGAGAGCUACUCCAUCUUGCACCUGUACUCCAGGGAAUGGCCCAACGGCAUAGGAGCGGAGAGCCUCUGCGCCGGAGACCCUAAAGGAGGCAAAGAUGCGUGUCAGGGAGACUCCGGAGGCCCCGUGGUUUACCUGGACGAGGCCAAACGCUACGUCCUAGCUGGCAUCGUGUCCAGAGGUUAUGGCUGCGGCCUUCAGGAAUUCCCGGGUCUGUACGCCGACGUCCGCCUCGGCACCUACCUCUCCUGGAUUAAGAAACUGGCUUUUUCGUAGGGAAUGGGGAAGCGUGAGUGAAGAGCGUGGGGUUGGUUGUUCGUGCGUAGUGGGGAAGCGUGAGUGAAAAUGAGUGAAGAGGAAGGGGUAGUGGAGAGGCAAUGAUAAAUAUGUUAAGGGUUUCUUACGGGAGAACUUGAUGAAAAUGGGAAUGGUUCGCCAGAGAGAAUAGGUAGAAACAAUAUAUUUACUAAAGUAAUGGUUUUACAUUGGGGGUGAAAUGAGACAAUAAUAACAUGGUUACGGUUUCUCAUAGAGAAAGUAGAAACAAUAAUAAAAAAAUGUUAAUCGUAUCUCACAUGAAGUUGAAAGAGAGAAUGAUAAAAAAUGGGAUUUUUUAGGCGAAAAAAAACAACAAAAUGAAAUUUUUAAAAAUAAGUAAAUAAAGAAUGGAAAUGAAACAAUAAGAAACUGAAACUCUAUAUUAAAGGAAAUUCUUGAAAUUAAAAAAAAUGGUUAAGGUUUGUGUGGAAGGAGAUAUUUACUUGUAACUUAGCCGUUUGCAUUUUGUUUGGUUUGAUGUUUCGCAAUAAAGAGAUAAAAGGUU